AUGGGCGACGAGGGUUUUUUAGUGGGUGAGGAGUUUUUGGAACACCACAAGCUACAAAGGUAUCGAAUGAUGACGCCCAUCAUUCGUUUGAACAUUUUGUUCUUUCUGGGCUUAUUUUGCCUUAUGCAUAUUUUGCGACAAGCGCCGCCGGGUGCUCAGGCGGUAUACUAUGCACUUACCGGACUUAGAAGAUCUCCCGUGGUGGUUAGAAGCGCCGUACAAGCAGCAGCUAAGUCGGCUCCAAGUGUGGUGCCACGAAAGCCUACUCAUCAUCUACAUAAGUCGGCAUCUAAGGUGUCUCAAAAUGUGCACCGAAGACCGGCUGUUCCACCACCCACAUUCGUUUCCCAGAAGAUUCGAAGGCAUUAAUCGGUAGAGUUGGUGGCACGCCGUAGCACAAGCGCCUUAUGGCUCAGGUUUCGGUCACUUGGGCUAUUUUCAUACAUUUUGCAAUAAAAAGCCGUCUGUACGUUAACUGUUUUCUUGCAUUUGGUGUCACAUAAAACCUAAACCAAGCUGUUUAACUUUUUCUACAUAGUCAAACUAUACGACAAGACAUAAAGCUUUUGUUCUGGGAGAAAUUAUAGAGCAUGAUUCCUACAUUCGGUCAAAUAAUUGUUGUGUUUGUCCUGGAUUUAAAAUCAUAUACGACCACCAUGUGCACAAUAUAAAGGUCUAUAAUGUACACAUGGUGGUCGCGUACGGUUUUUAAGCUGUACUCUUAUCAGCUACCAAGGACUUUCCAAGUGACGUAAUUACGUCUCUGUACUAUGAAAUUUGCGUAGUCAUACUAGUCACGGUCCAUAACGUUGACGGGUAAAUUGCAUUACUUACAUUCUUUGCA